UUGCAUUGCAAACUGCACAGAUAACAUAGUAGCCAUAGCCUCAAUUAAUUUCACAACCACCAAAAGCAAGCUGCCCACGUGGGAAAAUUGGCCACUCAAAAUUGAACAUGCUUUCUUGUCUUAAGAAAUUGAAACCGCUAUAAAAUGUAGCGCCUUGGUAUGGUAUAUAACCUAUACGGCUUAGAUUAAUAGAUAAAGUUAUGUAAAAACGUGAAUUUGAACGGCGGUUUCAUUCAUAAAUGGUAGUUUUCCGAAGCAGCCAUUGAUUGGUCAACUUAAGCUGUCCAGUGAGCGAGUCAAACCAAUGGCAAGAGCCUCAUUAGGCUCCGCGCCACCGACUCUCAACCCCUUUUCCCACCGUCGUGGCCUCCACCAAGCCUCCGGUCUCGCCGUCUCCUCCGCCGCCAUGAAUGCCGGCACAAUGCCAGACCAUCAGACCCGGACCCACCCUUCUCUCGAAAUCAUUGGUGGAUCGUUCCUGCCGGCCUUGAAGACCCUCACCCGUCCUUACAACCCUUUCCCUAUCAUCGGAUGGAACCGCCACCUGGAGACCAUCUUCGCCGCUUUCUUUCGCUCCGUUCCCGACGUCAGGCUCCGACGGGAGUGCCUCCGUAUGAAGGACAACGGCUCCGUCGCUCUCGACUGGGUCGCCGGCGACAACCGCCGUUUGCCCCCUGACUCUCCGCUUCUUAUUCUUCUGCCCGGUUUAACUGGGGGGAGCGACGAUUCGUAUGUGAGACAUAUGCUGAUUAGAGCUAGAAGCAAAGGAUGGAGGGUGGUUGUAUUUAACAGCCGGGGUUGUGGAGAUAGCCCUGUUACUACUCCUCAGUUCUAUUCAGCUUCAUUUUUAGGAGAUACAUGUGAAGUGGUGGCGCAUGUUAGUGCUCGAUAUCCAAAAGCCAAUUUGUAUGCAGUUGGUUGGUCUCUUGGGGCAAACAUUCUUGUUCGUUAUCUGGGUCAGGAAUCUCAUGCCUGUCCUCUUUCUGGUGCUGUGUCAUUGUGUAAUCCAUUCAAUUUGGUCAUAGCAGAUGAGGAUUUCCAUAAGGGCUUUAACAAUAUAUAUGACAAAGCUCUUGCAAGUUCUCUCUGCAAAAUUUUCAAGAAGCAUGCUCUACUUUUCGAGGAUAUGAGUGGUGAUUAUAAUAUUCCGUUGGCUGCCAAUGCCAAGACCGUAAGGGAGUUUGAUGAUGGAUUAACACGUGUUUCAUUUGGUUUCAAGUCGGUAGAUGACUAUUACUCUAAUUCCAGUAGUUCAGAUUCCAUAAAAGAUGUCUGCAUGCCUUUGCUUUGCAUCCAGGCAGCAAAUGAUCCAAUUGCUCCAAAUAGGGGAAUUCCUCGACAAGAUAUCAAGGACAAUCCAAAUUGUUUAUUGAUAGUGACACCCAAAGGAGGUCAUCUAGGGUGGGUGGCAGGUGCUGAAGCUCCUCUUGGAGCUCCUUGGACUGAUCCCGUGGUGAUGGAUUUCCUGGAGCAUCUGGAGAAAGGAUCUAAUAAGGCCCUUGGAUCUUCUGGUAACUUAGAAGGUGUUCAAGAACGUGCAGAGGCAGUGCACCACUUAGAAGUCUAGAGUUGGAAAAUGCUUCACUAGUAUAUACACAAUUCUUGCAUCUUAUACCAUAUAACAUUCUUGGCAAUCCAUUGAUAAUUUCGUUGGAUAAGCUGAUAGAUAGACUAUAAAUAAUUCUUUGUACUUCGCUGCUGUUAAUGCAGUGUGAUCAGAUAAUUACACCUUGGAUCUCAUGUUGAAAUUUUGGACUUUACCCAAUAAAAUUCAUGGUAAGCAAAAAGUUAGAGA